AUGGCCAAUGCUAGAGGUACACCAAGGCUUGGAGUUAUAAGACCUGUAGCACGCUCACGCAAUCCAGUUGUUGAAGAGAUUGUACCUAAUUCUGGAUGGACAGAGGACUCUACCUGCCAUUAUCUUCUAGUGGAUCUUCCUGAAUUCAAGAAGGAAGAUGUGAAGCUUCAGGUUGAUAGCAGUGGCCGUAUUGUUGUUAAGGGAGAAAGGCAAGCAAGUGAGCAGAAACGUGUUCGUUUUCAUCUGAGUUUUCCAGCACCAACGGAUUCUGAAGUCGACAAGAUAGCUGGAAAAUUUGAUGGAGGGAUACUUUACGUGACUCUCCCCAAGCAAAUUGUACACGCGAACAAAGAGAGUGAAAAUGAAGAAGCUGGAAAUGAAAGUGCCGAAAGAGCAGAAGAAAAUAAUAGCCAUAUAACCAAUGCUCAUGAUGAGGGGAGAGAUUUUAAUCAACACGUCGCAAAUGAUGACCAUGCUCAUGAUGAGGGGAGAGAUUUUAAUCAACAGGUCGGCCAUGCUCAUGAUGAGGGGAGAGCUUUUAAUCAACACGCCGGCCAUGCUCAUGAAGAACACAAAGAAGAAAGAAAUGAAAAUGUACACAUGGGGGAUUUUUCUGGACAAGUAACAAGGAAGUGGGAUCAAGAAGCCGUGUUAAGAAGUGCAGUGGAUGUUUUGAGGAAAAACAAAGAAAUUGUGAUAACUGCUGUUCUAGCUUUCUCCUUUGGGAUGUAUGUAUCUAGUAAGUUCCAAUCUUCAGAAGCUCUAUAG